UAUCAUCAUCUACAUUCUCUGAUUUAUGUAAUAUCUAUGAACGUUAAUCAUGUCUUGGGCAUUUAUCAAACUUACUGAUUUUGGUUUAUUUUGAUUUUUAUGUGAAUCCCUAAAUCUUGGAUAACAAUCGGACAAACGAUCAUUGAACAAACAACAGAGGUUAGUUGAAUGUAAUAGUUGUUUUCUCUUUUUUAAGUUUGUAAUAUUUGAUUUUAUCCUUUCUGUUCGUUUUUUUUUUCAAAAAUUAAUAAUAUAUGUUCUGAAUGAUUUAUGGUUUGUUUUUCUCAUGGUGAACCCUCCAUCUUUUGUGACAAUCGAACUCGGAGUGUUCGUCAACCAAAACAGUCGAAACACAAGGAGAAGCCACAGACUACCGAAAGUCAUGUUGAAGAAGGAGUUGCUGGGGAUAGUGUUGGUCACUUUCAACUUCUAAAUUUUGAGUCUAUUUUUAAUGAUACUGACGACUACAAGUUUGAUCGACAUAUAGCUGCUCUAAUUGAGAUGGAAGAUGCUAAGAAGCUGUUCAAUGAUGGUUGGAAUACAAAGAAUGAUGCUUUGAAAGAGACUCCGUCUGCUACCUCUCAAUGUGAUUUGGACACGAAAGGGAAGUCAAAGGUUGUCUGUGGUGAUGAAACUGUUUCUCCAAAGGUCAAAGCAAGUUUGAUAUGGAUCUCGAUAAUUUACUGGUUGAUGUUUCGACUGACCUGUCUCUUUCUGUUGACAACUUGCGUGACAUUACGAUUCAGAACCUAAGGAGUGAGCUAACUAAUAUGAACACAAGAGCCGAGAAGUCUGAUGAUGGUUAUAGGUAUAGUUUUACCAAGUGGUCAGCUUUCUUGAAAUCAAAUCACAUCCGGUUCGGCACCACACUUUUCUUUAAGUACGUCAAGUCUUCAGAUCUGUUGAUGUUGACCAAAGUUGUACACAAG